CAUGUGUGUAACCAUAAGUGUUUGUCAGUCCUUUCAGUAGAAUUUUCAAGACUGGCUUAUUAAAUAAGUAGCAAUGUCAUGAAAUGUAGAGGUUACCUGAUGUCAGUGUGUGAACUAGUUCUUUUCAAGAGCCUUGCAGCAGUUGUAAAGUUGCCUUAUCACAAUUCUGUAAUUAUGCCUUCUUUGGAUUCUUCUAGAUAUAAUUUCAUAUCUUGAAUACAUGUAUACAUUUUUAUUUCCUAAUAAAUCCCCCAGAAUUGACCCCGCCUUUUUUUUGCCAUCUCCACAUAGCAUUUGGUUUUAUGAUGUUCUACCUCUAGUAGUGGAUUAUGAGAGGGAGUAGAUAAAAGGCUUCAGGUGAUACCUAUUGAAGUAACAGAAAGCCAGCUCCCAAGAUGAAGGACUGAAUACCACACCCAGAGCAUCAAGCUUGUUGCAGCUGUCUCUUUGAUCAUAGAAAACAUAGUAUCUUGUCUCAGUGGAUUAGUAGAGCCACCAUUCUAACGCGAUUGCUGCUCUUGGUUUCAGAUUGAUGUGUGAAGAAAGGAAAGCUGCUAGAACUAUGAGGAGAGAAAAGGUGUGGAUAGGCUUGUCAAUUUUUCCUUUGGAGCUCAUUCUAAAAAUAGCUGUACAGAAUACUACAUGGAGCUCAACUAUAAAGAAAAUAACAUAUUUUAUUAAUGCUUCAUGCACUGAAGUAAUCUAAACACUGAUACUAUUAAUGAUAAAUGUUUGAUCAUUUGAUGAAGGACUAUAGCACAUAACACUAUAAUGCUCCAUGUUCAUUCAGGGUCUUACCACUCCUUGAUUUUACUCGACUCUUAACAUGUCUGCUCUGCACUGUAUUUAUGCUGAAAUUAUUCUUUCCUUGAACAAAUUUAAAUCAAAGAGGUGACAUUCUCAAGUCUACUUCAAAUUAUUCCUAUAUAUAAUGUUUUGCAGCAACUGGAAACGGUAGUUCAAGAUGUUUGAGUAUCAUCCAGAAAGCGACAGACCAGAAGGAAGAUUCUGUGGCUCAUCAGUCUUUUGACAGAGGAUUCACUGACAGUGGUUCUCUUAGAUCAAGACCUUCUGUUUAGGUUGUGAGAAUGCAAGAGUGUUGGUCUCCCUUCCCUUUCUGAGUCUGCAGAUUCCUACUUCCCUGCUGUAGGAACUUUUUAGUUUGCAGAGAAGCUGAAACACUGUUGUGUACCACUGAGCAGGACAAGUCAGGAAUGAGCAAGCCUUGGGAAGGAGGACCUGCCAUCCUAGCUGGAGACAUCUGAAGAGAGAACAUUUCAGUCUUGUGGCAUGCUUCAGUAGAAAUUAUUCAGAAAAAGAUGGCUGGCUGUGGUGAAAUAGAUCAUUCGAUCAACAUGCUUCCCACAAAUAGGAAGACAAACGAGUCAUGUAGCAGUGCAGCACCUUCCCUGCAAGUCCCUGAAUGUGCUAUCUGUCUGCAAACGUGUGUCCAUCCAGUAAGUCUGCCCUGUAAACAUGUUUUCUGCUAUCUGUGUGUUAAGGGAGCUUCUUGGCUUGGGAAACGAUGUGCACUCUGCCGGCAGGAGAUUCCUGAGGAUUUUCUUGACAAGCCAACCUUACUGUCACCCGAAGAACUCAAAGCAGCAAGCAGAGGCAAUGGAGAAUAUGCUUGGUACUAUGAAGGUAGAAAUGGCUGGUGGCAGUAUGAUGAACGUACCAGCAGAGAGCUGGAAGAUGCCUUUUCCAAGGGUAAAAAGAGCACUGAAAUGCUAAUUGCUGGUUUUUUAUACGUAGCAGACCUUGAAAAUAUGGUUCAGUAUAGGAGAAAUGAGCAUGGACGUCGCAGAAAAAUAAAACGGGACAUAAUAGAUAUACCAAAGAAGGGAGUGGCUGGGCUGAGGCUGGACUGUGACACCAACACUGUCAACCUGGCACGAGAAAGCUCUGCUGAUGGUGCAGACAGCACACUGACUCCAGGGGCUGCAGCUGUGCAGCCUCUAGCAUCCAUUUCUGUGAGGCCCCUACCAGCACUAGAUGGUCAGCUCGUGAGCCCUUCAACGCCAUCACCUGAUGCAAGCAAUUCUCUAGAGAACUCUUUUGCCCACUUGCAAAUAAAUGGAGACAGUAUGGCUGAAAGGAGUCACAGGGUAGAGGGAGAAGAAGACCACGAAUCUUCAUCUUCUGGUAGGGUGCCAGCCCCUGACACCUCUGUUGAGGAGACCGAAUCGGAUGCCAGCAGUGACAGCGAGGAUGUGUCUGCCCACCUUCAGCAACACCCGUCCCCUGGUCAGCAGAGACACUUGAAUGCUGGUGCAAGCCAGGCAGGAGCAGAUAGACCAGGGACAGGGGGUGGGGUGGCAAACACAAGUGUAAGGUCUAGAAGGCCAGAUGGACAGUGCACAGUCACUGAAGUUUAAAUCUAGAGCCAUGCGAAAAAAAACCAUUCAGUUGUAAUUUUCUGUAAAUUUUCUGUCCAAAUUGGCAUUGCACUCAAACCUAGCAGCGUAUUUGGUGGGAGGGUGGGGUGAGGGGGAGAAAACAGAUUUGGCCUGUUUUAACUUAAGUCUCUUAACAUGUCUCAGCUGGAAGACUUUCUAACUCGAGGAAGCUGGGUUGUCUUGUUAAUGGUUUGAAAGCUGUUUAACAAUGCCCAGUUUUCUUGAAAAUGUCUUGUGUUUAUUUUGUAGCAUUUUCCCCUUGAAGAUAUUCUACCCCUUUUUGGCCAAUGUAUAUCUACUGUACAACUUGAAUUGUCUUCAUUAUCUGACUGUUGCAUUGUCUUACUACUUUCUGCAUGGAUUGAUGUACGAAAAGAACACUAAAGCUGUGUGAAAUCAGUCAAGGUGUUGGGUGUGAGCAGGACGCUUAAUUUAAUGUGAGAAAAUAGAUGUGAGUUUGGAGUUAAAAUGUGUUUUUACUAGGCAAGAGCAAUCAUUUACCUUCUUUGAAUGGAAAUGUAAAAAUGCGGUUAACUUGUGUUGCAAAUCCUUACCUUUACACUCUCCAUGGCUUUUUCACUGGCUUUGCCAUCUAGUCCUUGUAGUUUUGUUUUUUGAGAUCUUUCUUGAUCUGUCUUGUUUUUGUUACAGAAUUUAUAAUUUAAUAAAACUACAUUUUAUCAGUAACAAUCUCA